AAGAGAAAUGAUAUAGCUUUUGCUUCGCAGUAGCUAACGUACGCAUGAAGCGCAUUAUCGAUUCCUCUUUCCUUCCCCUCCAUCAUUCGUCUAUCUUCCUCCUCUGCCUCACAUCACAGUCUCUCUCUCUCUCUGACUACAUUCUCAAUCUUCCUGUUAUUCUCACUCUCUAUAUUGACACACAGUGCACGCACUCACUCCUCUGUCUGUACGUAAGCUCAAGAAAGCGAGAGAAAUCAAGAAUGGAUCAGCUCUUAGUAAAUGAAGCAUCAUUCACGGUGGCAAUCAACCAGUCGUCCUAUAGUUUAGCGGAGCUACUUUCUUCUGGGAUGGGUGGCGGAGGAGGGGGUCUGGGGCUCAGAAUGGGGAGCUUGGGUGACGAUGGUUCUGGCGUUGGAGAAGUAGGAGAUGUUUCCUUGGAGCAAUCGACCGUGACUUACCAGAGCGUCAGCCGCGGCGGAAAUGGUGGUGGAAAGAGGAGAAGGGGUGUUGUGAAUUUCAUUGAGGAUGACUCCUCUAAGCUUGUUUCCACCAGUAGUGAUAAUCAUGAUUUGAAUGAGUCGAAUGGUAAACGAAUGAAAGCAUCAGGAUCCAGAGAUGAAGACAGAGGCUCAAAGACGGAAGCAGAAACAAAUCCAUUGAACAGUAUCAAAUCAAUUGAGGAGAAGAGCAAACCUGAACCACCUAAAUACUACAUUCAUGUUAGAGCAAGAAGGGGUCAAGCUACCGAUCGCCACAGUCUAGCAGAAAGAGCUCGGAGAGAAAAGAUCAGCGAGAGGAUGAAAACACUGCAAGAUUUGGUUCCAGGAUGCAACAAGGUUAUUGGAAAAGCUCUUGUUCUUGAUGAGAUAAUUAAUUACAUCCAGUCACUGCAGCAUCAAGUUGAGUUUUUGUUGAUGAAGCUUGUAGCAGUUAACCCAAGGCUGGAUCCCGCAAUAGAAGGCUUUCCUAUCAAAGAUGUAGCAGCACGGUCAUUUGAUGCAAAUGGGACGAUGUACAAGUCACAAGCGCCCGAAGAAUGUGGUCAAGGAACACAAACAGAGUGGCCUCCAUUGCAGGUUGGUAGUGGUUUUGAGAAUGAGAAACAUGACUGGGAAUCAAGAUAGCAUUCAACAUAUUAAUGUACUAUCCUAACCUAAGUAACUUAGUUCCCUUGUUGUUUUAGUGGUAGAGAUGUAUGUGUCUCUCGGGUUUUUUAGGCUUUCGGGAUUUCAGGUUAUGGAAAAAUCACAACCAUCCAUGUAAUGGGGGAUCUAUAGAGUGUUGGAUCAUUUAUAGGUGCUCUUAGGAUUUCAAGUUUGAAACAAUCACAAUCAUUCUAGGACCUAUAUAGUGAUGUUAUAGUCAGAUGGUUGUGAUCGUUUGGGAUCCAAGUUCAGAGACCUAUUAAGAAUAACUUGUGUUCCCCAUGCACCAGAAUGGAGAUCAGCUUGUAAUCAUUUUAAGCUAACAAAUAUAGAUGUACAAGAAUUGUCUCAAACUUGUAAGCAGUCUCGGUAAAAUAGCGGAUUGGAUUUUGUGUUGCAAUUCCUGUCACAUCUCUAUUCUAUUCUCAUAUA